AUGUUAGCAGUGUUUUAUCCAAGAUUCACAUUUGUCUUCCAAUUGUUGAUUUGUUUGGAUAUUUCCAGUCAUUGGAUUCAUGUGGUACUGUCCAUCAUGUGUGCUGGUAAUGAACUCUUUUUCUGUAUGUUGUAUUUGGUUCAUUUUACUGUUUUUGUCAAAGUGUCUGUUGCUGGCAGCACAUUUGGUCUGUGGGUAGCUCUAGCUUGGCUGACUCUUCCUAUCUGCAUACUGAAGCAGUCCAUCAGUGUGAUUCAGCUCACUGUGGCAUGUAUCAACACGGCAAGCUUGGAUGAGAGUGAAAGAGAAAGAGUAAACAAAUGACUAGACAUGGAGACUGGAGAACAA